CCUCUAGGGAGGCCGCCUGACGCCGCUCCCCCUCCUGCGUUUCCCUUGGCGGACGACAAGUCCAAAACGCCCUGCUUCUUCUUCGCCAGGGGCGCUUGCGCCAAGGGCGACCUCUGCCCCUUCCGCCACGAAACCACUCCGCCUGACGCUGCUGCGCCUGCUUCUGCCGCCGCUGCUGCUGCUGCCGUUGCUGCUAGUCCUGCGGCUGUAGAGGCCACUGCCACUGCCACUGCCAUUGCUACUGCCACUGCUGCGGCUGACCGUGCUGGCAGUGAUGCUGCCACUGGCUCCAGAGCUGCUGCUGGUGCUUCAGAUUCUGAUCCCGGCCGUGCUCCUCUUGGCUCUUCUGCUCGCGGAGUGGAAAGAGGGUCGGUGAGAGGUUUGGCGAGAGGUUCGGCGAGAGGUCCGGGUAGAGAAGUACAAGAGGAGGCAGCAGCACAAGGGGGCUGGGAUGCUCAAAAUUUGCAAUGACAGGCGGACGGAGGGCUGGGGAGGGGGGGAGGGUAGGUGCAGAGGAAAGCGGGGUGGUUGGUGGGGGGAGAGGUGCUCGAUCGACGUCGCCAGCACCAGCAUUGUCCGCAGGGAGCAGGGGCCCUGCGAGGGGCUUUGCAGCUAUGGCCCAUGAACAGCAGCAGCAGCAGCAGCGAUGGCAGGAGCAGAAACAACAUCAGCAGCAGCACCAGCAGCAGCACCAGCAGCACCAGCAACAUCAGCAACAGUGGCAUGAGCAGCAACAGUGGCAGGAGCAGCAGCAAUGGCAGGAGCAUCAACAGGAGCACCACCAUCACGACAACCGCCAGCAGCCUAGGCAGCAGCAAAUGAGUCAGCCACCCGCCCAACCUCGUGUCCAUGAUCGCGCAUUUAGUCACAUUCCAAGUCAUCCUGGUCAGGGUCCAGGUCAGCAUGGGCAAGCUCCAGGUCAGCACGGGCAACCGAUGAGUCAGCAUGGGCAGAGGGUGCCACAGGGGCGGGGACGGGCAGUGGGGGUGCGGGCAGUGAUGGAAGAAGCAGCUGCAGCCGCUGCUGCUGCAGCAGCAACACCGCUGGGGUCAGGUUCAAGGGGUUUAAGGGCCUUGACCCCGGAAACAGGGAGAAGGGAAGGUGGAAACAGAGCAAUGGGGGAGGAUGGUAAUGACGGACUUAGAGGAAGGUUCACAGGAGGUCGGUUCUCUCAACAGCACGGGGCACAUGAUGGCGUGAAGCUGCCUGACCUGCCGCCAUCUCCUAUGCCAGGUAUGCUUACCGAGCCAGGCACUACUGGAGCAGCAGGAGCAGCAGGAGCAGCGCGAGGAGCGCGACCAGGCGUAGACAGAGUGGGUAGUGGCACGAUGAGCACUCUUGCUUCUGCGCCUGGCACCAUCAGCUCACUGGCGGCAGGGCCUCCUCUCAAGGGUCGCAGGCUCGUGGUGGCAGUGGGGUAAUGGCGCUAACAAUGGCCGGUAG